AUGACUUGGUCACAAGAAGGAGGUGCUGUCGGACGCACGGGCUCGAUUGCGAGUACAAAGGGCAAAAAAGACAAGAGGAAGAAUCAUGAGACGCAGCUCGAGGAAGCGCGAGGUCUGGAGGUCUUGCGAAAGAAACGAGAUCCCAAGAUUGCGGGCGUGUUGUCGUUAAGUUCAAGUGUGCACAUGAAGAAACGGAAGGAUAUUGAUCAUGCGACCACGAUCCCGUUUGAGAAGAAAACUCCAGAUGGAUUAUGCGAUGUGUUGGAGGAAAGACGAUUUGCAAGUAAAAUGGAUGAGAAGUGUGACGAUGUCAAGCAGCAGAAAGCGGAUGACGGAGAAGUGCAAUGUGAGCAGCAGUAUCGAAAGGGUUUCGGGACAACUACAAUUGAAGUCAAGAAAACGUAUGUACAAAGGCAAGUUUUAUCGUUUUGGAAGCACGCACCGACGGAUUAUCAGAAGGAAGAGGCUGAAAAUGAAGAGGAUGGUAAUGAUUUGAGCAUGAGUAGUCCAAGACCAAUGCGUUCGGCCGCUGCAUCGUCCGAUGCGGAUAAUGACGACUUCUGGCUGAGAAAGCAUGACAAAACUCCGAAGCCGUACAACUUUGUUAUAGCUGAUGAUAUUGAACUGGCUAAAGUAUGA